AUGUCUGUGAUUGGAGAAGCAGCUGCCAUCAUCGGCAUCACUGAUGUUGCUGUCAAGAGCAUCAAAGGCCUCUACGAAUUUCUCCGAGCAAUCAAGGACGCCCCCAGAGACAUUGUACUUAUUCGCGUCGAUGUACAAGGCUUACAAGCCAAACUUUCAGACUUGGAGUUCCUGUCCAAAGCCGAUGCUAGAACGGUGGAUGAAGUCAAAGAGACCGGCAUUGCGAAGGUGAUCAACGACUGCGGGACACAAUGCGACGAGUUCGAGAAGCUGGUUGGGAAGUGGAUCAAGCAUGACGAUAAGAGCUGGCGAGACAAACUUCGAGUAGCCUUGAACCAGUCUAGGAUACAGAAGUACAAAGCGGUGUUGUGGUCAGCGGCAAGAGAACUUGACUCGGCGGUGGGCAUCCUGACGCUGAUCAACGUGUCGAACCGAUCCCCGGAACAGCAGGCUGCUUCGAUGAACCAGCUGGGGGAAGAACUGGCAUUGUUGGCAGUUGAGGCCGAUGCAAGGCGCAAUGACGUGCCGCCGCGUUUGGUUGCAAUCGCCGAAUCCGACGAAGAUGAGGCGGAGUACGUACAACAGGAGUUGAAAGCGGGCGAUACUGCCCUGGAGGAAUUCAUACAACGCUGCAAGGCUACUACGGCUCAUCUUCAAGCUGUCAAAUUGGACCAGCAGAUCGGGAACAUCCAGACCGGAGAAGAAGGCUAUGCGCAGGUAGGAAUGCCAUUGGAGGCAGUGGAGAAGGUGAGCCGGCAUCACGUCGGAAACGUUACGACAGGGAAGAAAGGCACGUCUCAGAUUGGCAUCUAUCCGGCCAGCAAUAAGGCUGGUAGUACAGGCGAGCCUGGCCAAGCGCUACUGGGAGACUUCCGGGUUCACCCAAUCGAAUCAGAGGAUAUCACUGCUAUCCGGAAACCGCUCAUAUCACUUCUACAUCUCGAGAUGCUGAACGUCCCAUCUCUCUACCGCAAACAACCCUCACAACCACCUAUACCCUCACCCACAACCCCAACACCGGACCCAAACCUCGGUCUAACCCACAAAACCCACACCCUCCCCUCCGGCACAACCUUCCACAUCUGGACGCCCACCUCCACCCCCAUCGCAACAAUAAUCCUCCAACACGGCUACGCAGAAUACUCCCUCCGAUACCUAACAUCCCACUCCUCCCUAAUCACCCACCUCCUCGCCGCCAACUACGCCAUCUACGCCCUCGACCUCCACGGCCACGGCACAUCCCCCGGCCACACUCGCGCUGUCGUCCACCCGACCAUCUCGCACUCCGGCGUUAUGCUGUUGAACAAGGAGGGGGAAGACCAGUUGUACUGUUUGGACACUCCCUCGGUGGUCUAA